CCUGCGCGCUUCCCGCCCGCCGGCCCCGCCGCUGCCCGCGCCCCGGGAUGGUGGAUGCGCACCGGGCCGCCUGCCUGGCCGCCUCCUGCCUCCACACGCCUCUCGACCCGCGCACACGGGCUCCCGCCGCGCUCUACGAGCGGGGGCCGCCGCCCGCCGCCGCGCAGGAUGGCUUUGAUUUGGAUUAUACYGAGAGAGAGCAGACUCCGCCUCCAAAGAGAGAUUGUGACAAAUGGAUAGACUUUUCCAAAAUGUACCAUUCAAAUCAGGAGUAUUACUUGAAGCUAGAGGAGUUGAAGAAUGCCCACAUGGAGACCAUGGCAAAAYUGGAAAGUAUGUAUCGGAACAAAAUGUAUUUAAAAGGAGUACAGCCCUCGGAUAAGAGAAAUGACACUUCUCCAAAGUGCUGUAGGCCAACUUGGGACAAGAGCUCAUAUCAGCCUCUUAACCUGCACAAAUCCUUUUCAGACUCAGACUUAAGUGAUCCCUUGAGCUCAAGUAUAUCGGAUCUGUCUGAUGGAGAAUUAGUAUCUGAAGAAAAUGGCAGUGAAACUGGAUCAUCCUCAUUUGCUAAGCAGCAGAUUGAAAAAAUGUGGGAUGGGUUCUCUCUGGAAGACUACAUCUCCCGUGCCAAGCACAGCUUGUCAAACUCACCGGCCUGCAGGAAGGUGCAAAAGAAACAGAAAGUGUGGUCCCCCAGAGUCACCGUGCCCAAGCCUUUCCAGAUGACCAUCAGAGAAGCUCAGAAGAAAGAGCAGAACAUCAAAUCCAAGUCACAGAUCGAACUGGAAAAUCACUUACUGAAGAAGCAACUAGAGGAAGAAGCAGAGUGCCAGAAAAAAUUCCGAGCCAACCCAGUGCCYGCUGCCGUCUUCCUGCCGCUCUACCACGACAUUGUGCAGCGGAACGAAGAGCGCAGGAGGUCUGUGAGGGAGAGGAGCAAACUCAAGCUCCUGGCUUCCCAAAAGCCAUUUAAAUUCAUUGAACGAGAGAAGCAAAGGAGUGAAACCAGGAGAAUGCAGUUAAAAGACAUUUCCCCACCUGAAAACAAAAUUAAAGUGUUCAGAGCGAAACCAGUUCCUAAAUGUGUUUAUAGUCCAGAUUUCAGUGACAAGCUAAAGGAGGAGGAGCUCUACAGAGAAAUCAGGAUCAAGAUGAGAGCUGAGGAGUUGCUACGAAAUUCAUCUGUACCCAACAGCAGACUGGCUUUAAAAGGGACCAAUAAAAAGAAACACAAGAGCACUGAACCAAAGCAAACAGAACAGAAACCCAAGAUCAAAUCAAGUGUUCCGGAUUUUGAACGCCUGCACGCAAAAUUCCAGAAACGCUUCCUGCAACAAAGGAAAGUGAAACACCUCACAGUCUGUGAGCCUUUCGACCUUCGUACUUCGUACAUUCCCUCAAAAAAGGGCAAGAUCUUGAAGGACAUUCAGGAUGAUGAAGAAAAAUUGAAGGAAACACGGUGGCCAUUUGCCUCUCCAAGACGGAAACCUCAGACGGGACAGUCAGGGGAAAAUCCACAGCUCUUGGGAGAAGGAGAAUCCAGAUUUCCCAAAAACACAGAAUCCACGAGACGACGGCUACAGGCUCUAAGGAAUUCACUUGAGGAAAAAAGAAGGCUGGAAGAACAACAAAAAAGGAACAGAACCAAGCAGAAACAAAGAAGGAAAAAAUUCCAGAAAACUGUAAUGGCUCGGGCUGAGGCCAAUGACCCACAUCAGAGCCUAGCUCAGAUGUCUAAAUCCAGAUUAAAAACAUUCAGGAACAAUGAGAAGCAGAGAAGGCAGGAAUAUUUGCAAGAAUUGCAAGAAAUGGAAGAAAGAGUAAAACAAAUGCCAUUGCUUUUUGAAAGAGUCACUCAGAAAAAUGCCAGAAUAGCUGCAGAAAAGCAUUAUUCAAACAGACUGAGAGCACUGGGGAUAUGCCCAGAGUUUGUUUCAGAGAAAGGACAAGCAGCCAAAUCACUGCAAUUCUCCGCUGAUGAAGAUUUUACCUCCAUUGCUGUCAGAGAAAGAAUCAUCAAGGUUAAAGUGAAAAAAAAGAAAUCUUUUGAGGAAGCAGCUGAUGACAAUCCCCAGUCUGAACAGUCCUGGGAGGAGGAAGAGGAAGAGAAAGGAAAAGGGCUCAAAACCUCCACCCCAGAUGAGCAGUCCAGUGAGCUGGAGGAUGAGGAUGGGGUCAGAGGCAGCCCUUAUGUCCAGGAGCCUGAAUCCAGCAUGUCCUUUGGCCAGCAAGGUGAGGAGGAGGAGGAGGAGGAGGAGGAGAAGGAGGAGGAGGAGGAAGAUGAGGAAGAGGAAGAGAAAGCAAAAGCAGGCCCAUCACUUGGCCUUUCCCAGGAGGAGGAAGAAGCAAAAGCAGGCCCAUCACUUGGGCAUUCCCAGGAGGGAGAGGAGGAGGAGGAUCAGUCCAGAGCCAGCUCUCCAUCUGAGGGGUACCACGAGCACAAAGAGGAAGCUCAGUCAGACCCCGAAGCUGAGGGUGCCUUCCAGUAUGAGGAUGAGGAAUAUGAGAGUGAUGAUUCGGAGGAGAAGCCCASUGAUGAGGAAGGUUACUGAUGGGAAGGUUUCAGGAUGGCCUGGGAUUCAGGGACUCAGGGACCUCUUCCACUGCUGGUCAUAGAACCAAAGAAAAACUUGGUGCUUUGCUAYGGAUAUAAAAUUCCAUGAAUUUUUACCUCAUAGUUUGAAAACAAGUGCAGAAAUUUUGUUUGUUCCCCAGUUAGAAAGCUCARGUUCCUAGUUUGUAUCAAGAAAAUAAUUUGUUUUCGUUUUAAUCUUCUUUGUUCCAGUUUUCUGUGACAUUAGUGCACCUCUGUUCUGAGCUGCAACCUCGUUGUUUAAUAAUAACAUUACACAGUGUGCUGUGUAAAUACUGAGGGCUCAUUUCCAGCUCUUCCCACGUGCUGGCAAAACCAGGGGAGAUUUUGGAGCAGGAAUUGCCAUUUUGUCCCUGUAAAAGGGGAAUCUUUUUACCUCAGGUAAUUCUAGUUGUAUGAAACUAUGCAAGGAAGUGCUUUAGUACCUCUUCUUACACACUGGUUACCCAGGGCUUCACCUACUCUACAAAAUGGAAUGAAAGUAAAAUGUUUGGGAUGUGUUUUGUUCCCUUUUAUCCUUAUUAAUAUCUUCUCUUUCUUGCUACCUGUCAUAUGCAGUGUUGGGAAAAAUCCCAUCCAUGUAAAAUCUGUUAUUAUUUCUUCCUCUUUCUUUUGUUACACAGUUUCUCCAURUUUGGAAGUUUUUUAAGCAGUAUUACUUUUAUUUAUUUUUGAAGUGUGAACAUAACAAUGUGGAUUUGAAUCUUUUUAAAAACUUGAAUAAAAUAUCUGUGAAAAUAUUGAUCCCUGCUUCACAAGGAAGUUUGCUUGUGGUUGUCAGUAUUGUGUAAUUCUGAAAAAUUGUACAAUUAAUAAUCCCAUAUUGCUGGUACUUGUCUCCAGGAAAACAAAUUUUCU